GUUAAGGAAAAUGCUAUAAAUAUGACAUAUUUGAAAAGCAGUUCUUAUGACAAGAGCUGUCUUACUCCUGGUUAUCAACACGGUCAACUUUUGAAUACAAUACAUCACCAUCAUCAUCAUCAUCUACAACAGCCUUUGGAUAAAAUCCAUGUGAAUAGAAUGUUUCGCUUAGCAGUUAAUAAAGGCAUUUAUUUAAUUUUAUAUCUGACAUUGCUGAUAACGAUCUCACUGCAAGGAGUACAAGCUCAAUAUCAAUCACCGCGUAUAAUUGAACAUCCCACGGAUUUGGUGGUUAAAAAGAAUGAACCUGCUACAUUGAAUUGUAAAGUUGAGGGUAAACCCGAACCGACAAUUGAAUGGUUUAAGGAUGGCGAACCGGUGAAUACGAAUGAUAAAAAAACCCAUCGUGUGUUAUUCAAAGAUGGUGCCCUGUUCUUCUAUCGCACCAUGCAGAGUAAAAAGGAACAAGACAGCGGUAUCUAUUGGUGUGUGGCCAAAAAUCAUGUCGGCAAAGCAGUAAGCAGACAUGCCACACUGCAAAUUGCGGUGUUGCGUGAUGAUUUUCGCUCACAGCCCAAGGAUACACGUGUGGCUAAAGGAGAAACGGCAUUGUUGGAAUGUGGGCCACCCAAGGGUAUACCCGAGCCAACGCUAAUAUGGAUGAAGGAUGGAGUUCCUUUGGAUGAAUUAAAAACGAAAUCUUAUGGAACCACAUCACGUAUACGCAUUGUUGAUGGUGGUAAUUUAUUGAUAAGCAAUGUCGAACCAAUUGACGAGGGCAACUACAAGUGUAUCGCUCAAAAUAUAGUCGGUACACGUGAGUCCAGUUAUGCUAAACUAAUUGUUCAAGUUAAACCCUACUUUAUGAAGGAACCACAGGAUUUAACCAUGUUAUCUGGUCAAACAGCCACCUUUCAUUGUUCCGUGGGUGGUGAUCCACCACCCAAGAUUUUGUGGAAGAAAGAGGAAGGUAAUAUACCAGUUUCUAGAGCUCGCAUACAACAUGAUGACAAAAGCUUGGAGAUUACAAAUAUAAUACCCGAGGAUGAGGGCACUUAUGUGUGUGAGGCCCACAAUAAUGUGGGACAAAUUAGUGCGAGGGCUUCGCUAACGGUACAUGCACCACCCACUUUCAUUGUCAAGCCACAAGAUAGAAAGAUUGGCUUAAAUGGUGUUGCACAAUUUCCCUGUGUUGCCGAUGGCAAUCCACCACCCUCGGUGUUCUGGACUAAAGAAGGCUCGAGUACUUUGAUGUUUCCCAACAACUCGUAUGGUCAUUUGCAUGUCACGGUUGAGGGAACGUUGCAAAUUAAUGGUGUACAGAAAGAUGAUGCCGGUUACUAUGUGUGCUCAGCAUUUAGUGUAGUCGACUCAACCACAAUACGAGCAUUUUUACAGGUUACCUCUGUUGAUGAUACACCGCCACCCAUUAUACAAAUUGGUCCUUCCAACCAGACCUUGCCAAAAGGCAGCGUUGCCAUGUUGCCCUGUCGAGCUUCUGGCCACCCAACGCCACGUGUCAAAUGGUACAGAGAUGGCACAACCUUACAAAGUGGCAAUCGUUAUACCAUUGUACAGGGCGGCUCUCUAAGAAUAGACGAUUUGCAAUUAAGUGACUCUGGCUUGUAUACCUGUACGGCUUCUUCGGAAAGUGGUGAAACUUCAUGGUCGGCCACUUUAACGGUGGAAAAGAGCAGUUCAUCAAUAUUACAUCGUUCAGCAGAUCCCAGCACGUAUCCAGCACCACCCGGCACCCCAAAAGCUGUCAAUGUAACACAAAAUUCAAUUGCAUUGCGAUGGUCGAGAAGUCAAGAAAAGCCACAGGCAACAAGUCCAAUUAUUGGCUACACUGUGGAAUAUUUUAGUUCAGAUUUGCAGACAGGCUGGGUUAUAGCAGCUCAUCGUGUACCUGAUCAACAAAUAACGAUUUCCGGCCUAAAACCAGCCACUUCGUAUGUUUUUCUGGUGCGUGCUGAAAAUUCCCAUGGCUUGUCGGUGCCCUCCGGCUUAUCGAAUGUCAUUAAGACUUUGGGUUCUGAGUCAGGUACAGUGCCUCCCAGUGAAAUAUCCGAGGCUCGGGAAAUAUUAAGUGGCAAGGUGGUUGAAUUAAUUGAUGCUGCUGCCAUAAAUUCCACAGCUGUGCGUCUCGAUUGGGUAAUGCAUGUCAGUGUAACAGAGAAAUUUGUUGAGGGCCUGUAUGUACGCUAUCGUGAUGUUAGCGCCAAUUCACAGCAAUACAAUAUAAUGACGGUAUUAAAUCCCUCAAUUGAAUCUCAUGUGGUGGCCAAUUUAAAGGAGUAUACGAAAUAUGAAUUCUUUUUGGCGCCCUUCUUUCAAACGUUGGAGGGUCAGCCGAGUAAUUCGAAAAUUGUGCAAACCUAUGAAGAUGUACCCUCUGCCCCACCUGACAACAUACAAAUUGGCAUGUAUAAUCUAACGGCUGGCUGGGUUCGUUGGUCGUCACCACCACCUCAGCAUCAUAAUGGCAACUUGUUGGGUUACAAAAUAGAGGUAACGGCUGGAAAUACCAUGAAGGUUUUAGCCAACAUGACUUUAAAUUCCACCACUACUUCGGUGUUGUUAAAUAAUUUGACCACAGGAGCCACCUAUAAUGUACGCCUGAAUUCGUUUACCAAAGCGGGAGAAGGGCCCUACUCACAGCCGGUAUCGCUGUUUAUGGAUCCUGCACAUCUGGUGCAUCCACCACGUGCCCAUCCCAGUGGUUCGCACAGCAGCAUUACUGGCCAUGCGGGUGAGGGUGGCCAUUUUGCUUAUCAUCCCAAUGGCGCUGGUAUGCCUGAUGAUGCUGCCACUACAACAACUCAACGCAAGUCAACAACAGUUGUUCACGAAACAUGGUUUAUGGCUUUGGUGAUAACAAUGCUUUUGGCCAUAUUAAUAUCCGCUGCAGCGGCCAUGUUGUUUUUCAAACGGCGUCAUCAGUUGACCAAGGAAUUGGGUCAUUUAAGUGUUAGUGCCAAUGAAAUUACUGCCUUGAAUAUCAAUGGCAAAGACAGUUUAUGGAUUGACAGAGGCUGGCGCACCACAGAUACCGAUAAAGAUUCCGGUUUAAGUGAAACGAAACUGCUGUCCAAUACCAACAGUCAAUCGAAUUAUAAUACAUCUAUAGAUGGUGGCACGGAUUAUGCCGAAGUGGAUACCAGAAAUAUGAGUACAUUUUAUAACUGCAGAAAGAGUCCUGAAAAUCCUACUCCCUAUGCUACCACCAUGAUUAUAGGUGCUUCUUCGACGGAGACUACUUGCAUGAAAACAUCUGGCUCCAGUACAGAUCAAGAUUCUGGCACACAUUCCCCUAAUUCUGAAGGCAUUAAUCCCCACUGUCCCCCUAAUGGUCCUACGGCCAAACAUAGUUAUCAUCAAUAUCCUCCCGAACAAAUUAAUUGGUCAGAAUUUUUACCACCACCACCGGAACAUCCACCACCAGUACCCUCUUCAUGUGGCUAUGCCCCCGGCUCACCACAAUCCUCAAGGAAAAGCUCCAAAUCGGGAGGUUCUGGUGCUUUAAAUUCUUCCAUACACAGCAGUUCUUCCGGUGGUUUCUCCACCUGGGGCAUGGCUCCUCAGUGUGCUGCCGGCGCCGGUGGACGGGUGCCUCCUCAGGAGAAUUACUACAAUAAUCCUUUACCCUGCGUGGGUGGCUCACAAAAUCGUUACCAGAUUACACCCACCGCUCAACAUCCUCCUCCCCUGCCUCCUUACUUUCCUCCCGGAGCUGGUGUAGGCACAGCCCAGCUGCCUCCACGUAAUAUACAUAUCCAUUAUCCGCCACCCAGACAUGCUGUUAGUGAAUAUCAACCCACAGGUACUCACAAUUCCCGGUGUUCUAAUGGCAGAACCUGCAACAGUUGUGAUGCCUUAGCCUCACCUCUGCAGCCACUGCCACCACCCGGUGAGGGUUGGUAUCAACCACUACAUACGGCUCAUAUGCCACCCACUAACUCAUCAGCACAUCAAAUCUAUCAAUGUUCCUCUGAGUGCUCCGAUCAUUCACGGACUUCUCAUUCCAAUUCUGCACAACAACACAACCAGCCACCCACACAUCAUCAACAUUCUCACAAUCCCCAUGCCCAUCAUCACAGCCACAGUCAUGUGGGCGGUGGCAAUGAUACAAUGCGUUCGGAGAGUAGUCAAGAAAAUGGCAAAUCUUCCAGCCAUCGAUGUCACAAUAAAACCAAUCGGUUUCCCGAAAUCAUUGAAAACGAUCAGAAGAGUUUAGCUGCCUCAUCGUGUACUUAUGAAGUGUUAGGAGAACCUCGCAAUUGUAGCGAGUGUUGUAGUAGUUCGCGCGAAGGUGACACCUGCUCGUGCAGUGAGGGUUCCUGUCUGUAUGCCGAGGCCGGAGAGCCGGGUAUGCCACCACAUAUGUCGGCGGCAGCAGCUUUGACGAGUGGUCCUAAAAUACUAACACAAAAUAAUUGAUAUGCAGCAACUUAUGGUACAGUUGCCGGUGGUUGUACAGUAGAUGCGGGCGGUAUGGUCACCGAUGUGGUCAUCUAUUUCUAGUGAAGCAGCUUUUGUAAACCACAUUUACCCCCUAACUAGCCGCCGUGUACAGUAAGUGUAAAUUUUAAUAAAACAAAAGAAAUAAUUAAAACCUUUUAGCAUUUAAACACUAUUUUAUACAUUUAUAAUUUAUUAUUAAACACAACUUAACAAAAAAUAUGCUUAAAAAUACAGACAUAAUCAUUGUAAAUUGAAAAGCAUUGAGAUUUUUUCGUAGCCAUCGAAUAGUUAAAUUAUUUUUAGUAUUGUAAGAACUUUGAAAAAUCCUAAAUAAAAACAAAAUAAAAUUAUUAUAAAAACAAA